AUAUGAGGUUCUCCUCACUCUCAUCCGUGGUGAUGAACUGAACUGGGAUAAGCCAGACAGAGUCUGGAUGCAUCAAAACGACACCACAGUGUCCAUCGUGGAUCGCAUCCCGGCAACGACGAGUGGAUUCUGGUGAACGCCGAGGCGGGCAAUGUUCUACGAGUCCAAUACGACGACGACAACUUUAACAUGAUCGUCGACCAGCUGAAGAGCCACAGGACGGACGUCGACGUCAAGAACCGCGCGAUGUUCAUCGACGACGCAUUUGCGCCCACUAGCGCUUCGAUGGACAUGAGUCAGGUUAGAGCUAUGAGGACGACUGAGUACCUGGACGACGAGACAGAGUACAUACCGUGGAAGACUGCGCUGACGUGCAUGGACAAUGUAGAUCUGAUGCUCAGCAGAGAUGCAACCAAUGCAGAUUUAUUCAGUACAUACAUGUUGAAUAGAACUGACUUGCUCUAUAACACCUAUGGCUGGCAUGUCUCCGAAGACCAGACAGAUCAUCUCCUCACGAAUCUGCGCAUUGAAGCGACGUCAACUGCGUGUAAAUAUAGCAACACUGAAUGUCUCGCCGAAGCUCUGCUAGAAUUCCAACAGUGGCAAGAAAGCGUAACUGCCGGAACACAGAAUCCCAUCGCUGUGGAUUAUCGUUCCAUUGUCUACUGCAACGGAAUCAAGGCGGGUUCAGAUCUAGAGUGGCAGUUGACCUGGGAUACCUUCGUUGACAAUAAAUCGCCUCAGGAUCGCAGUAAUCUACUCUACGGACUAUCCUGUUCAACGGAGGAGGAUAUUCUUAAUAAGAAUCUUGAACUGGCACUCAAUGAUGCUAACCUGGAAAAUAAGGAUGAUGCCUAUAGGAUGAUGUACUACACGGCUCUUAAUUUUGCCGGACGGGACCUGACGUGGGAAUUCGUCCAGACAAAUUUCAUCGCAAUAAAUAAAAGGAUUGAGCAGGCAAGACUCGAUUCGGUUGUGACAGCCAUUACAACAGGUUUCAACACAGACACUGAGCUUGAAGAUGUCAAAAAGUUCCGUGAGAAUCCCGGUGCAGUGGACAGCGAAUUCAAAGAAAUGUGGGAUGCUGCUGAAGAGAGAGUAGAAGCAAACAUCGUGUACAUGGCCAAUAAUGAGGCCGAGCUGGUGCAGUGGCUGACAGACAUCAACGCUGGCACGAGAGAUGCGUUCGGAAACGUCCUUUAAUGAAUGCGAAACCAACAAUCCCACUGAUUAGGAGUCGAGAUCGACCCCCCUGUUUGUAUUUUCUGGAGAACAAUAAUAUAAUUAAUAAUAUUAUAAUAUAUAUAUAUAUAAUUAUUAUAAUAAUAUUAAUAAUUAAUAUAAUAAUUUUUGGUAAUUUGUUCGACAGCAAUGACAUCUGUCUUCUAGGCAACGUGUCGUCAGCGGUAAUAGAUUGACGUCACCGGUCCAUUACCACUCUGUCACACUUGUGCUUGAUAUCAUCAGUUUGCGAAAGGCGGAUAGUUGUGACAUAUGUUCAAUGUGUUACUAUUUAAUGCAGUUAAAUUAUAUUUACAAAUAAAGCUGUCGUAAUUCGUGUUAGAAUUAUUUGUUUUGUUUUUCGACUCAUUUAAAGAAUUUCAGUUUC